GACCGGCGUCAGGCGUGCUGUUAUGUUAUAGUUUUGAAUGUUCAAGUAUCUUUAAAUUCAAAAUUACGAUCCUUUUAUCAAAUUAAAUUAAAAAUGUCCACUCCAAAGGCAGAGAAAGACUUACACUUACCACUAUCUAGGGUAAAAACUAUAAUGAAAAGCUCACCAGAAGUAGAUGCAGUUGGACCAGAACCUUUAUAUUUAGUGACUAAAGUAACAGAAUUAUUCGUAACGGAUCUAGCGAAGAGGGCAUUUAAAAAUAGCAAAAACAACUUCCUUGAAUAUAAACACAUUGCCGAAGUAGUCCAAGAGGACGACACGUUAGAUUUUUUGCGGGAAAUUAUGCCGCGAAAAAUUACAGUGCAGCAGUUUAAAGAAUUAAUGGCUAAAAAGUCAUCACGAGGUGAUGAAUCUGAUGAGACAAGCGAGGAAUCCAGUGAUGAAGAAAGCAGUGAGGAGAGUUCGAGUAGCAAUAACGCAGAAUCACAAAAUAGCUAGUAAUAAAUAUCCAUUAAUAGUUGGUAUUAAUAUUUCUAUGUUAUUUAAAUUUUUAAGUAAACUUGCACUUGUACGAAAUGUAAGAAGUAUAAUUGCAUAUGUAAAAAAAAUACUUCUGUUUAAAACUACAUAAUAAUAUAUUUGAAAGAAU